UGAACGACCGCAUACAUCAAGGCCCAGACUUGACUAAUAAAUUACUGGGCGUACUUCUAAAGUUCAGACAAGAGCCUGUUGCACUGAACGCCGACAUUGAAGGCAUGUUCUACCAGGUCAGAGUACCACCAAACCAAAGAGAUGCACUUCGGUUCCUGUGGUGGCAAGAUGAUGACCCAGACAAACCACCCAAACAAUAUCGCAUGACUGCUCACCUUUUUGGGGGUGUAUGGAGUCCAAGUGCUGCUGCCUUUGCCCUACAAAGAGCUGCAGAAGACAACAAGGGCAGCUACGGUGAUGAUGUGGUCCAAACCGUGAAGAGGAACUUCUAUGUCGACGACUGCUUGAAGUCCUUACCCACAGAGGACGCGGCUAUCGCACUCGCCUCAGAACUCCGUCAACUACUUGCCAACGGGGGCUUCAAGCUUACUAAGUGGUUGAGCAACUCUAAAAGGGUGAUGAAAUCCAUCCCAGCUGAUGAAUGGGCCAAGUCUGUGUGCGAGCUCAACCUUGAUCAGGACGACUUACCUUAUGAGCGCACCUUGGGUGUAUUGUGGAAUGCGGAGCAGGACUGUUUCACCUUUGAUGCUAGACCCAUCAGCAGACCAGCAACAAAAAGAGGUCUGCUGUCCGCAACCAGCUCCGUCUACGACCCUUUGGGGUUUGCAAGUCCUUUCGUACUAAAAGCAAAAUUGCUCUUCCAAGAGCUGUGUCGUCAGAAGUUGGACUGGGAUGCACAACUUCCAGAAGCCAUUGCAGAUCAGUGGAGGAGGUGGUUGACAGAUCUACCCCUCCUAUCUGCUCUGACUAUUCCCAGAUGCCUCAGAAUAACAACGCCUGGCAAUUCUUCAGAAGUCCAGCUGCAUCACUUCUCUGAUGCCUCAGAGGCUGCAUACGGUGCUAUAUCCUACCUCAGGGUGAACAACAGGUGCACACUCAUCAUGUCCAAGGCUAGGUUGGCCCCAUUAAACCCAACCACCAUACCGCGCCUGGAGUUGCUCGCUGCUGUCACUGCAACUGAUCUGGACCAGCAUAUCAAACUCCAUCUAGAAAUUCCUGUGGAUCAAACCUUCUUCUGGACUGACAGCACUAUUGUGCUUCACUACAUUAACAAUCAAGAACGACGCUUUGCCACCUUUGUUGCCAACCGCAUAGCAAAGAUUCAGGAACGCACCGAGCGUCAUCAAUGGAAGUAUGUUGACACAGCAUCCAACCCUGCAGAUGAUGUCUCGAGAGGAAUGUCUGCCAGUGACAUCCUGUCAAGUGAACGAUGGGUCUCAGGACCAUCGUUUCUUCAAGGCUCAGAGGAAGACUGGCCCACUCAGCCCAAGCUGGGCAGCCUACCUGAGAUAGCCGAGAUCAAACAAACCAAAGCAGUGUACAUGGCCAGUUGCAAAACAGCUGAUGGUUUGGACAACCUGCUAGAGCGAUAUUCUGACUGGCACCGUCUAAGACGUGCAGUAGCCAUUUUGCUACGGCUGAAAAGCCUGCUAUGCAAGAAACCAGGCAAGCAACUCCUAGAACCUAUCACCGUUGAGGAGAUACAAGCUGCAGAAGUAGCUAUACUCCAGAAUAUACAGGGCUCAUGCUUCGGUUCUGGUGAAAUUCCAUCAAGCUGCAUCGCCAGUCUCAAGCCAUUCAAGGAUGACAAGACGGAUCUACUACGUGUGGGAGGACGUCUUGUGAAUGCACCAAUCCCCUUUGAAGCAAAGCAUCCAGUCAUACUACCUAAAUGCCAUCAUAUCACCAAGUUACUCAUCAAACACUACCACCUUCGGCUCGGGCACUCAGGCAUGGAACGGGUUCUCUCAGAAAUUCGCCAACGCUUCUGGAUUUUAAAGGCACGGUAUGCUCUCAAUGCUGUCCUCAAAUCAUGCAUGGUGUGUCGCAAGCUGAAGGCAGUACCUGACCACCAGCAGAUGGCAAACUUGCCUGACUCGAGAGUAACUCCAAGUGAACCAUGCCUCAGCCGCGUUGGCGUUGAUUAUUUCGGCCCUCUGCUGGUAAAGCGAGCCCGCAGCGAACUCAAGAGGUACGGAUGCCUAUUCACGUGCCUUACAACCAGAGCUAUCCACCUGUUGGUCUCAAACACCCUCGAUACGGAUUCCUUUCUCAAUGCUCUGCAGAGGUUCAUCGCCAGGAGAGGCGAACCCAAAGAAAUCAGAUCUGAUAAUGGAACCAACUUUGUUGGAGGUCUGCGCGAACUUCGUCAGGCUGUUGCUGAGUGGAACCAGAGAAAGAUAGCAGACCACCUUUUGCAGAGCAACAUCAAGUGGAUCUUCAACCCACCAGGUGCCUCACACAUGGGUGGUGUCUGGGAGAGGCUGAUACGAUCUGUUCGCUCUGUGCUCAACGCUGUCAUCGCACUUCAGCCACUUGAUGAUGAAGGGCUAGCCACGCUCUUUUGCACCAUUGAAGCUAUCCUCAAUGGCCGCCCCAUCACCAAGCUAAGUGAGGACCCUACUGACCACUUACCACUGACACCCAACCACCUACUGCUACUUCGCGCAGGUCCGUCUCUUCCACCUGGCGCCUUUGUAAAGAAGGACUUAUACCGACGUCGCUGGCGUCAAGUUCAGUUCCUCGUUGACGUCUUCUGGAUGAGAUGGCUGAAGGAAUACUUACCCACACUCCAGAAGCGUCAGAAAUGGCUUCAUCCUAGGCGCAACUUGCAAGUGGGUGAUCUGGUUCUCAUCCUCAAUGAGAACACUCCACGCAACAGCUGGCCCCUAGGGCUCGUGGUUGCUACUCACCCGGGCGAAGAUGGACUAGUUCGAAGUGUUCGAGUGAAAACAGCUUCAGGUGAACUUGAUCGUCCUACUGCCAAGAUUUGUCUGCUGGAGGCCAAUCUGGUGGGCGAAUCUAAAUAA